AAUGGGAAAAAAACAAAAGUGAACCAGCAACAAUCACUAAUCGACGGCAUCUCCGGUCGCCGUUAACUUCAUCGGAUUUCCUCUUAUCGUCUUCAUUACGCUAUUGCAGUAGGAAAAAAGGUGUCAACGGCUUCUGAGGAAGCAUAAUGGAUUAUGGCUCUGAACCAAGAAGAAGUGGGUCUUUUAGUCGGAUUAGCAGUACAAAUUCUUCCUUCAGGAGGCACUCUUUCAAUCAAGUAGGAGCUGUCCACCAUGAAGUUGAUGAUGACAGUGAUUGUCGAUCCGUCUCAGAGGCAGGAGAUAUUGGAGAUAGGGCACUUCAUAGUAAAAGGUAUAGUGGGAGUGGCAGGCCCAGAUUCUCUUUCGAUAAUAAUGGAGAAAAUGUGGUAGUCCCAAUUCAAGAACAUCCUUUUAAAGAAUCACAGCUUCCAACUGCAUCUCCUGCUUCACCAGACACAUUAUUACAUGACCAAGGCCAGAAUAAAGAGUGCAAAAAAGAGUUGCCAUGGUUCAUGACAUACAUCUCAUCUCGUGUUCAUCUUGCUGUACUUGGCAUUCUUGGGGUAUUGACAAGGUACCUACUAGAAAAAUUAUUUGGUCCUGAAGUGGUUGGUGCCACAAGUGACCAGAGCUAUAUGUAUGUUGAUCUUGCUCCCAAUAUGGUUGGUUCAUUCUUGAUGGGUUGGUUUGGCGUCGUUUAUAAAGGAGAUAUAUCCAAGUUCUCCCCUGAGUUAGCUGUCGGGUUGACAACAGGUUACUUGGGGAGUCUCACCACAUUUAGCGGCUGGAAUCAGAAAAUGCUUGAGCUUAGUGCCGACGGUGACUGGGUUUUUGCUGUACUUGGAUUUCUGCUUGGUCUGUUCCUUGUUGCUUACUCUUUCAUGUUCGGGGUUGAGACAGCUAAGGGGUUGAAAUGGGCUUUUAACAGAACAAAUCUAAGUUCCAAGUGUGGAUUCUCUGUAGUAAAUACGAUUAUGAGUCAAAGUAUAUUAAUAGUGGUGAUGAUAACAUUGCUGGGGUCGCUAUGGGGUGUGAGUGUGGCAUUGUUAACAAAGGAUUUUGACCAUGAUAGCAGUACAAGUCACUUGUGGCUCGGGUGUAUAAUUGGACCAAUUGGUGUAUGGAUCAGAUUCUAUUUAGCACGACUCAAUGGACAAGGCUUAGGAAGGACAGAGAUGAUUAAAUGGAUGCCUUUUGGGACACUAAUUGCCAACGUAGUUGCCGCCUGCAUCAUGGCAGCCAUGGCAACCAUGAAGAAAGCUGUGACGAACAACCAUUUUGGGAUUGUGGCAACGGGCAUACAAUUCGGUUUGUGUGGUUGCUUGAGUACUGUUUCGACUUUCAUAGCCGAAUUUGGAGCAAUGAGAGAGAGCAAACAUCCUUGGCAAGCAUACGUCUACGCCUUGACAACUAUAAUCAUCUCAUUUAGUUUGGGCACCUUGAUCUUCUCGGUUCCGGUAUGGACCAAAGGUUGGACUUAGUCUGGUAUACGUCAAGACAUCUCGAGCCUUCAUAACCACAACUUGUUCAUAUUAGAGCAUCUCCAAUAAAUUCUCCGAAAUGGAGAAUCAAAAAUCAAAGAUCUCCAAAGAAAAUUUAUGUUCAUCUCCAACAACGUCUCCAUUUUGGAGAUUACAAUAUGAAUUAUAUUAUUAAAAUAUCCAAAUAUAGUCAAUGAGAGAGUCAAACAUGCUAAACGACCAUCGCUUUCAAUGUAUUAUUUCCAUUUAUAGAUUAUAACGAACAUCAAUGUUGCUUUCCUUUGUUAGCC